GAUUUGGGGAUCCAACAAACUCUCACACAGACAGUGCUAAUCUUAGAUCUCUUCGAUCGACAUGGCUGAUCAGGUGAGGCUGUUUGGAACAUGGUGUAGUCCAUUUAGUACAAGGGUUAUAUGGGCUCUGAAGCUGAAAGGGAUUCCAUAUGAUUACAUUGAGGAAGAUCUUCCCUACAAGAAAAGUGCUCAACUUCUCAAGUACAACCCAGUGCAUAAGAAGAUCCCAGUUCUUGUUCAUGGAGAAAAGCCGAUUUGCGAGUCCAUGGUCAUCGUUGAAUAUAUAGAAGAAACAUGGCUGCAGAACCCUUUGCUUCCCAGUGACCCUUACGGGAGAGCCAUGGCCAGGUUCUGGGUUAAGUUUGCUGAAGAUACGGCUCCUGCAAUUUGGAUGGUCUUUCGAACUACAGGCGAGGAGCAAGAGAAAGCCAAGAAAGAGGUUUUGGAGAUGCUGAAAACCAUUGAAGAGCACGCAGGUCUUGAUAAGAAGAGAUUUUUCGGAGGAGACAACAUUGGAAUUGUGGACAUAGCCUUUGGACAGAUUGCUCGAUGGUUUGGAGUCAUUGAAGAAGUAGUUGGGAUGGAGCUACUUGAACCCCAUGCCUUUCCUCUCGUUCAUGCAUGGACGAACAACUUCAAAGACGUGCCUGCAAUCAGAGGAAACCUUCCUGAUCAUGACAGAAUGGUUGCCUUCUUUAAGCCAUUCAGGGAAAGCUUGCUGGCUUCUUCCUGAUCGACCCUUGCAACUCGCAAGACAUUUAUGAGUUGCUUAACCGUGAAUAUGUUUCUUGAACGUAGGGAUGGAUGGAACAAAUACCCUACCCUGAAUUCAACCCAAACGGCGAUCAUCUAUUACAUUUUCAGUUACUUUUUUUCUUUCUUCGUUAUGUUUUAAUUUGUUUGGCUUUGAAGUUUUGAGUUGUCAUUUAGUACCAUUUGCACUAAUAGGUGACUCCAUUUGUAAGUGGUUGUUGUGUAUUUCAGUUAUUAGAUGAC